UACAAAUGUUCUCGCAGAAGUUGCUAUAGUUAGACCAAUGAAAAUUUCCUCACAAAAACGGAACAAAGAAAAUCUCCAUGCGAGACGCGGACAAUGCCCUUCGGUGUCGCGCAGGCUCACCAUCUCAAUUCUUGCCCCAGAAUGUUCGUCAAGAUGAAGCCCGAUGGAUCUUCAGGUUCAUGCGCAGCUCUGCGUCGCUCCGUCCGCUGUUCCAGGACGGAGAGCACACCUCCAGUUACAGAGGCGAGAUUGCAGCAUUCUGAGGGUGGGGUUGCUGGUAUGGCGAAAUUGAGAGGGUUGGAGCAGAAAGUGGAGCUUCUUGGUAUUGACUGUGAGGAUCUUAGCAGGCCUGGAUUUUACAGCAACUUGUUUUGUCCAAAGUGUCGAGGGGGACAGAAAGUUGAGAGAAGUCUCUCUUUCCAUAUCGUCCAAAGUGUGGAGUUCGCAAUGUGGAGGUGUUUCCGAAUGGAAUGUGGAUGGGCUGGUCAGGCCUUUGCAGACGGUUGUAAAUCAUGUGAUGGAGACUAUGCAGCCAUAAAGGUCAGUUCCACUGUACAGAUGACAGAAGAUAGCCUAAGGUUGGAACCCUUGAGCAAUAAGAUUAUUGGGUACUUUGCGGAACGAAAAAUUUUGGAGGAAACUCUUCAUAGAAAUGGAGUCAAACAACUAUCAGGCAAACAGUGUGUAAUUUCUUUUCCUUACAAAAGGAAAGGACAACUUGUUGGUUGCAAGUAUCGGACCUUGGACAAGAAAUUUUGGCAGGAGAAGGGUACCGAAAAGGCUUUGUAUGGACUAGAUGACAUAUCAGAAGCAGAUGAAAUUGUCAUUGUUGAAGGUGAAAUUGAUAAGCUCUCAUUGGAGGAAGCUGGCUUUCUAAAUUGUGCAAGUGUUCCGAGUGGUGCCCCAGUAAAGGUUUCCAACAAAGAAUUGCCUUCUCCGGACAAAGACACGGCUUUUCAAUACUUAUGGAGCUGCAAGGAUUACUUGGAUAAGGCGUCUCGAAUAAUCCUGGCAACUGAUGGCGAUGCACCUGGUCAAGCUUUGGCAGAGGAACUUGCAAAGCGCCUUGGAAAACAAAGAUGUUGGAAGGUAAAUUGGCCGAAAAAGGAUGACAGCGGUAGCUUCAACGAUGCAAAUGAGGUUCUCAAGCAUUUAGGACCUACUGCCCUCAGGGAAGUAAUUGAACAUGCAGAGGCAAUGUCUCCCACAUACUCCGAACCAAGUAACGCUUAAUAUAUCAGAGGGGAACAUUCUACUGGAAGCUAUGAAGUCUUCUCUAGUCGUUCACCUUAUAAUGUAUUACGAC